AUGCCAUCCUCUUCAGUUGUCUACCAAUCAAUCGAGGUCGACCCCGACGAAACCUCAAUCGACUCUUCCAGCACCUCUCUCGCCUCCUCCAUCUUCAAAUACCAAUAUCGCCAUGGUCGGCGCUACGCCAGCGCCCGCAACGGCAAUUAUCUCUUCCCCAAUGACGACCCCGAACAGGACCGACUCAACAUGGUCCACCACACCUACUUCCGCAUCCUGAACGACAGACUGUUCCUCUGCCCCAUUGACCUCACCAACAAGCGAGUCCUCGACAUUGGCACCGGAACCGGUGCCUGGGCCAUCGAUGUCGGCGAUAGGUAUCCCUCCGCUGAGUCCAUCACAGGAGUAGAUAUCAGUCCUAUCCAGCCGUCCUGGGUACCGCCCAACGUGAAAUUCUACAUCGAUGAUGUAGAGGCAGACUGGGUCGGCCAAACGUACGACUUUAUCCACUGUCGGUACAUGGCCGGUUCGAUCAGCGACUGGCCACGGCUAGUAAGACAAUGUUAUAACAAUCUCAAGCCGGGCGGGUGGAUCGAAUUCCACGAAACAGCAAAUGUGAUGUACUCCGAGGAUGGGAGUUUGGAUGCCAAUGGCCCCAUUAUGACGAUGAUGAACGGGUUGAUGCUCGCUUGUGAUAUGAUCGGGCAGACGAUGGAUCCGGCACCCAAGAUUAAGGGAUGGGUAGAAGACGCUGGGUUUGUAAAUGUGACAGAGCAACGGUUCAAGUUGCCGGUUGGGAGUUGGCCGCGUGAUGAGCGGCUCAAGGAAUGUGGCAGUUUAUUGAGGGUGAACUUUGUGGAGGGCGUGGAUGCCUUCACCGCUGCGCUGUAUACGGAAGUCCUGGGGUGGAAGAGAGAAGAGGUGCUGGUUUUGAAUGAGCAGGUUAGGAAGGAAGCCGUGGAUGGCAGCGUGCAUGCGAUAUUCGAUUUUUUGGUGAUUAUCGCACAGAAACCUGCUCAAUAG